CUUUUCUUUAUUAUCAUGGCUUCCACUCUUGUAGGUCCUCUGCGUACUUCCAAGUCAACACCAGCCAAGAAUAAUAAGAAACAGGCUUUACCUCAGACAGGUCGACAUAAAUCAAGUGAUGAUGUCACAUUUCCACAAUUACCAGAACAGAUUCCACAAUUACCAACAACUAUUCCCCGAAUCAACGUUCUACGAGAACCUCGAUUACAUCAGACAUUUCAGUAUAAGGCACCUUCACACAGCAAACUGAGUUCUCAUCGAGUGGGUUAUGCAGAAUAUGGGCCACAGACUGGUCACCCUGUCUUUGUGAUCGGAGGUUAUGGCUGCACUCGACUUGUUGGUAUCAUGUUUGAAGAGCUGGCUUACAGAUACGGCCUGAGGAUGAUCUGGCCCGAGCGUCCUGGAUAUGGACUGAGUGAAGAGUGCGGCUCACAGCAGAUCAGUGCGUUAGAAUGGGCUGAUGUAGUUGUACAACUAUCAGAUCAUUUGGGUAUUGAUCGAUUCAGCAUCAUUGCACAAUCGGUAGGUACUGUGUUUGCAUUAGCCAUUGCUUAUCGAUUCAAAAGGCGAAUAUCUGCACCCAUCUAUCUGAUCUCGCCCUGGGUAUCUACUCAAGCCGCCAACACGUUCAAAUGGACUCGACGAUUGCCUGCUUCACUUGUGGCCAAGACGAUCUCUUUGACGCUAGAUGUCAUGUGGUUAUUCAAUAACAAAACAAACAAGGAGCAAAGCAUCAACAAGGAAGACACAAGUACAAAUCAUCCCAAAACAAAAAAUAGCCGAAAGACCAUGAUCACAUUUGAAGAAGAUGAACUACUGGCCUCAUUAGAUGAUGGACCACUCGAUCUACCGACAGAUUUUCCUACUCAUCGACCUCUAAGGCAUUUUGUUCGACCCCAGCACAUGUCGCUCUAUUUAGCAAUGAAUCAACGACGCAUGUCUGAACCUUAUAGUCAAGGACAACUCUGUGAUGUGAUGGUUGCAUUAGAAAAGCAUCACAUGUUUGGAUUUAAUUAUUCUGAUAUCAAAGUAUCCGUGUCUGCUGUAUGGGGAGAUAAAGAUAGCUUGAUUCCUUCCAAGGCGAUCGAUACUCUCGCUAGUAGUUUACGUGAUGUCCGAUUAAAGAUAUUAGAAAGUGAGGGACAUGAUUUAGUAUGGAAAGAAGGCGUGAUGGAGUGGGCAAUGCGAGGUAUUUCUGAAAGAUGGAAACAGCAAAAGAAUGCUUAAUGCAUGUGUGUGUGUAUAUAUACCCUUUAUUACUAUAUCUUUUUUCAAUCUAUAAAUAAAUAAGUUUAUGUGUAUGUCAGAACGUGGUUUGAAUUCAUUUAGAUUUGAUCAUAUUCGCCUUAUACGUUCAUCAUUCAUUCAAGAGGUUAUUCGGGUUCUUUAUUUUUCCACUUGAUCAUUUUAACAUUGCUACAUUCAGAUUGAAAACUACAUUUUAACUCUCAUGGUUUUGAGUUCAAGAUUUUCAUAAUGUCAUUCGUCAUUUCAGCAAUAUAAAAAUGAACCAAGGGCGAUCCACUGAAUAACACACUUACCUUUUAUUAACAGCACACACAUAAACACAUACAAAGUCAUUUCUCAGAUUUCUGUUCAAAAAUACCAUCAUUAAGAUGUUCAGCUAUUCCUCCAUUGAUACUUGUCUUCACCGAAAUUUCAAUGGUGAGUAUGUGUGUGUGGUUAAUAAUAAAGGAGAUUUUUUUU